AUGGCUGAUCUGCUGCGCUCAACAAUCGCCGGGGCCCUCUUUGGAGCGGCGCUCACAGUCUCAGGUGUUUACCUGCCUACCACCAUUACCUCGCAGAUGCAAUUGCAGGACUUUACCAUGCUCAAGGUUUUUCUAACUGCCAGCUCUGCCAGCGCUCUCGUCAUCUCCCUGUAUGAACGCCUCAUGCAACGGCCCCUUAGUCGCCGUCCUCCAUCAUCCAUCGGCUGGCUCGGGCCCUACGACGGCAACAUCAUCGGCGGCGCCAUGGUUGGCGCAGGCAUGACCUUGACCGGCGCCUGCCCCGGGACCGUACUGGUGCAGGUCGGUACAGGCAUCUCGUCCGGCCGCUACGCCCUACUUGGCGGCAUCAUAGGGGGUGUUCUAUACGCGACCGUCGCUCCGGCUUUGGGCCGCCACUCCGGCGCACCUUGUGCAGUGACAAGCGGCAAAGCCGACAACAGCCUGCCCGGAAAACUAGACAUAAGUCCCGGUACUGCCACUCUGGCGUUCCAGGCAAUGUGUGUCCCGCUCAUUGUGGCAUUCAGGUAUCUUGCCCCGGGGCAUGCCCACGCAGCCGUCGACCCGGUUGUCGGCGGGUUUUUAAUAGGUCUUGCACAGCUCAUUAGUCUUCUGAUGACCAAGGCGCCUGUUGGCGUGUCGACGGGCUACGAGGAUAUUGGGCGGUGGGUUAGGGUCUUCAUCAACGGGAGCGCGAAUGCAGAGCGCUUGAGGUCGGGCGAACAGAAGCCUGCACUGCCGCUGACAAAGUCCGUUUGCUUUGGGUUUGGGAUCCUCGCCAGUAGCUUUCUGGUUUCGCUCAUGGUGCCCGAUAUUGUGAGGGUGGAUGCGCUGCCAAUUGCGCCGUUGAGGGGGUUGUUAGGGGGGCUGGUUAUGGUGUUUGGCGCGCGUGUUGCCGGGGGUUGCACCAGUGGGCAUGGCAUCAGUGGGAUGAGUAUGCUAGGAACGAGCAGCAUUAUCACUGUGGCGUCGAUGUUCGCAGCAGGAAUUGGAUUCGCCUUUGCGCUGAGGGCGUAA